GAGCCGGGGCCGCUUGGAGCCCGGGCGCGUCACCGCCACCGGCCGCCCAGCGCCCGCCGCGCCCCACCCCGCGGGGGCGCCCUCCCGGCGGCGAUCUGCGCGCUCCGGCUUUGGCUCCAGCGGCUCUGGUAGCGACCCCGGCCCGGCCUCCACCAGUCCCCGAGCUCAGGUGGCGUGGGGCGGGGCGGGGGGAGCGGUGCGGUGUCCCCGCGGGGCUGCUCGCCGAGGCGUUGGCAGCGGCGGGACUGCCCCAUGCCCCUCGCCCUGGGCGCCUCCUGUCGCCGCCGCCGCCGCGGUCCCUCCCCCGUCACCUCCGAAAGGGGAAUUUUCCAGCUGGUAAUUUCUGCUGCGUCAACGCCCGGCCCCAGGAGAUGUCCCGGGGGCAUCCUGGCACCCCUCGCCCGCGCCGUCCCUCGCGCCCCCCGCCCGCGCCUCCGAGCCGCACCCGGACCCGCCCGCGCCGAGUUUGCCAACAGCCGGAACUGCGGGAGAGCCUGUAGGAGAGGCGACACCACGGCUUCCCAAUGAACAACCGGAAGGAAGAUAUGGAAAUCGCGUCCCACUACCGGCACCUGCUGCGCGAGCUGGACGAGCAGAGGCAGCACGGCGUCCUGUGCGACGCGUGCGUCGUGGUCGAGGGCAAGGUGUUCAAGGCCCACAAGAACGUGCUGCUGGGCAGCAGCCGCUACUUCAAGACGCUGUACUGCCAGGUGCAGAAGGCGUCCGAGCCGGCCACGGUCACGCACCUGGACAUCGUCACCGCCCAGGGCUUCCAGGCCAUCAUCGACUUCAUGUACUCCGCCCACCUGGCCCUCACCAGCCGGAAUGUCAUCGAGGUGAUGUCCGCGGCCAGCUUCCUGCAGAUGACGGACAUCGUGCAGGCGUGCCAUGACUUCAUCAAGGCCGCGCUGGACAUCAGCAUUAAGCCAGACGCCUCGGAUGAGCUCUCGGAGUUCGAGAUGGCUGCCCCGCCCGGCAGCAGUGCCGACGCGCUCAUCUCCGCCGUGAUGGCCGGAAGGAGCAUCUCCCCGUGGCUGGCUCGGCGCUCCAGUCCCACCAAUUCUUCCGGAGACUCGGCCAUCGCCAGCUGCCACGAGGGAGGAAGCAGCUACGGCAAAGAGGACCAGGAGCCCAAGGCCAGCGGCUCUGACGACCUGUCUUCGCAGGCGCUGUGGCCCGGCGACGCGGGCUAUGGGCCCCUGCACAUCAAGGAGGAGCAGAGCUCGCCCUCUCACUACGGGGUGAGGGAGCCGCCCGCGGCCAGGGAUGGCUCCACGCAGAGCUCUUCUUCUGAGCAGGCCGGAGGGGACGGCUGGCAGCCCACAGGCCGAAGGAAGAAUCGGAAAAACAAAGAGACCGUCCGGCACAUCAUGCAGCAGGUGGAGGACGAGAGCCAGGCCGGGUCCCCGGCGCCAGCCUUCCUGCCGACGUCCGGGCAGCCGUUCGGCGGCCGCGACUCAAAUUCAGACUUGACCGUCACCGAGGCCAGCAGCUCCGACAGCCGAGGGGACAGGGUGGGCCUCUGUGCCCACGCGGACGAGGGUCUUCUGGGGGCAGAAGCCAGCUACCUGGGCCGGCCCCUCACCCCCGAGAAGGACGAGGCGCUGCAGCAGGCCGCCGCGGUGGCCAACCUGCGGGCGGCGCUCAUGAGUAAGAACAGCCUGCUGCCCCUCACGGCCGACGUGCUCGGGGACGACAGCGCCCUCCUGCUGGAGUACCUGCCCAAGGGCACCCGCUCCCUGUCCCUCAACGAGUUCACGGUCAUCAGGAAGAAGUUCAAGUGCCCGUACUGCAGCUUCUCAGCCAUGCACCAGUGCAUCCUCAAGCGCCACAUGCGCUCCCACACAGGCGAGCGGCCCUACCCCUGCGAGAUCUGCGGGAAGAAGUUCACCCGGCGGGAGCACAUGAAGCGGCACACGCUGGUGCACAGCAAGGACAAGAAGUACGUGUGCAAGCUGUGCAGCCGGGUGUUCAUGUCGGCCGCCAGCGUGGGCAUCAAGCACGGCUCGCGGCGCCACGGCGUGUGUGCCGACUGCGCGGGCCGCGGCGCGGCCGGGCCGCUGGACGGGGUGGGGGCCGUGGGCUCCCCGGAGCUGUUCUCCAGUGACGGGCCCUACCUGGAGGACCCCGACGACCCUCGCGGGGACGGCGAGGAGGAGCUGGGUGAGGACGAGGACGAUGGCCUGGCCCGUGAGGACGCGCUGCUGGGGGAGGACAAGGAAGAUGAGGACUCGCCUCGGGGGCCCCGCAGCCCCUUGGGGUCGGCUGGCAAGGACUUCGCCUGGAUCUCCUAGGCCCUGGGCCGGGCACCAGUGUGGUGGCUGUGCCACCCCUCCACCUGUGUGUGCAUGCUUAGGGGUCUCCCUUGCCCGGGAGGGCCAUCUGAGCCCCGCAGCCCCUCCUCCCGGCCCCUUGGUUCUGCUCCUGCCCCUAGACAUGCCCGAGGGCCAGCCCUGUGGUCUCAGGAGCAGGUGUGGCCCCCGCCACGGGGGCUCUGGGAUCAAACACGAAGUUGGUGGGGUACGGGGAGGGUUCCCACCUAUCAUCUUUGUGGGUCAGAGGGUCCCCACAGGUGCGUGUGGGAGACGCAGCAAAGGGCCUCGGACACAUGAUGGCAUAGUGGCCAGGUCAGGUCAGCACUGCUUGGGUGUCGGUGUGGCCCCGAGGCCACAGGUCCGAGAGAUGAGGAGCUCUGCACCCACCCCACGCCCCCAGCGCUGCAGCCCUCCUGCCCUCCAUAGCCUCCCGCAGCCCGUUCCCUGCCUGCAGCCUGGCUCUGGAGGCUCCCCUGCCCGGCACCUGCACAGCCGGGCCUCGGGCCUCCUACAGAAGCCCUGGCCCUGGCCUCGGGGCCUGGUGCUCCACACAAAGCAGCUGCAGCAGCCCCGCCGGCCGGAGGGCUCCCAGGUGCUAACUGCUGGUGGGGCGGGCAGCUGGGUCCAUGGGGUCCCACUCUUCCAUGUGCACUUCUUUGGGGAGCCUGCGCGGCCUGGUCCCCUGGCUCUCUCCACCCUGUUGCACCCAGGCCACGCCUGCUGCCCCACCGGGGAACUAGCCUUUGCUGCUGCUAACACUGGAGGCGGCAUCCUGCCUGCCACGCACCGUCCUGCCCCCCGAACGGGUAACCGCGCUGUUUAAGUAGAGACGUGCUGAGAUGGGCGCGCAGAGCGGCUGUUUGGCUUUAUUCCUCGCGCCUGACCGGGCAGCCGCCUCUCCUUUAGCCUGUGGCUGGGCCCUCGUGCUGCCUUUCAGCGCUCACAGCCUGCUCUCCUUUGUUCCGAGCGAAAAGCAAAGGCUCUGCCUCGCGCACGGCCUGCUGGCCAGCACCCUGUCUGGCGGAGGGCAGACCCUCCUCUUCCUCGUCAAGGCUGUUUUGGCACCUGUUCCUCAGACUCCCACCUCCUGCCGCCUCGCUCAGGCACAGCACGCGCCCUGCCAGGGCUCAAGGGUGCCAGAGAGAGCCGCGGUUUUUCCUCUGCCCAGACUGAGCCCAGUGGCUUUUACCAAGUUUCUUGAGUCACAUCUAUUCUUCCCAGUGGAACCCCCCACAAGCCCUCAUGUAGGUUCCAGUGGCCCCAGCGGAAUAACCUUUCUGCUGGGGUUGGGGGACCCGCCCUGGCCCAAGUGGGUGCGUGGGAUAUGGUGCUGUCCUUGAAGUCCUGCCCCAGGGGAGAAGUUGCCGCCUUUGCUUUUACUUAUUUAUUUUUUUAAAUGAAAUCAGCCGCCAUUCCAUCCAUUAGCAGAGGGUGCUCUGGAAGGGGCUGCCGCCUGGCUGCCUGCACCCACUUCCCUCAGCUGCAGACCCUGUGAGCCCCUGACACUGUGUCCUUAAGAGAAAGGGCCAAGGUCGUCUCAAACAGGCAAGCCCGCCCCGUCGCCCGCUCCUCCUGCAGAGGGUGGGCCAGGUUGUGUGGGGGCUUCUGGACAUGGUCCCUGCCUGUCACCAGGGCGGCCCAGUUGAGCACCCCUGGGCUCUCAGAACUUGUACUUCCCCCCACUUUCUAGCCCCUUUUCUAAACCGACCUACUUUCUUACAAAACACAUUUUGAAACCAGACCUUUGCAGCUGACAGGUGUCUCUGGGUUUUGUACUGGUCCCACCUCAAGCCACCCUGCCCACGCCCCGGCCGCCUCCACUCAGGACACCUUGGUCUUUCUGACCUGCUCGCUGCCCCUGCUGACCUUUUGGGGGUUCGCUGUCCGUGCCACAGGAAUAUUUUCUUCCUUGAUACCCACACUGUACUGGGAGACCGAGGGCCGUGCAUCCGCCCCCAGCCCCAGGCCCGCUGUGCAGGCUCGGCAGCGGCGGACGGAGCGCACACACCCCCUCAGGCGGGAAGGUGUGCCAUGAAGGGUUGUUUUAUGUGACUGACCUUUUUUUUUAAAUCAAUGUUUAAGCUAAUAAAUAUUUUUUUUACGAAGAGGAAAAACUGUGUAGAUUACAUUCACAUUUUGUACUUUUUUGUUUGUGUCUGUAUUUUGGUGUUGGUAACACCAAAGUGGGAAACCCAGCCAGCCCGCUGGGUGGUCUGUCAGGGGGGAUGGGGAACACACCAACUUUUGUAUUAAGCUCUGGAUCCUGACCAGGGGGUUCAUUUGGACCCUGGGUUUGGGGAAACAGUCACAACACUGCCAGGACUCAAUCGGGACCUCGACUCAAAAGACACAGCUCCUGCUUCCAACUUUGCACAUCUCUCUCUAUAAAAAAAGAAAAUGCAAAAACUGGAACUUUCUGCAAUGUGAUGGAAGAUCACUGUCCUUCCCCUCAUUUGUGACAGGUGCAGCUCUAAGGCCACACUUAGUGGUGGUUCAUGUUCGGGUCCUGCCUUGUGCUCCGAAUGCAGCCCUCUCAGAGCUCCUUGUCGGGAGGGUGCCCUGUGUGCUUUUCUUAAAUAUUUAUUUUUUCAACACGCUUUCGACCUGUCAACAAAACAAAAAACAAACAACAAAAAAAGGGCCGUGUUUGAGGACUUGAUUUUUCUGGGAUAAUCUAUAUUCUAUUGACUUUAUAUUAUUAUAAACCUGUGUUGGCAUUGGAGAUGGUGAGCAUUUGGGGGAGGAGGUUUUGUGAUCGGCUGGGGGAACCCAGAGCUGCCGUCCGCUUCUCUGUCGCCUCGGGCAGGCGGACAGACCUCCUCCAGUGGGUUUGCGAAUCUUGUCUGCCUGGGCUCUGGCCUGCCUGCGGAUUUCCUUUCUGUGACGGGAUUAGCUGAGACAUUCUUGCAAAGCGAUCACUCAAUAAAUUGGGAAAUUGCUGCUCAA